UUCUUACAAUUGCCCUCUUCCCAAAUCCAUCAAAACCAAAUAAAAAUAAUAAUAAAAAUUUAACUACAAGUUCCCGUGAUACGCUUGCAGUUGUUCUUCUCACUCUGCGAUCACCAAGGUCUUCCUCGUUCAACGAAACAACGAGAUGGAGGGGUCUGUUUUCACUCCUGCAUUGGAAGGAAUUAAGCUUGUAAAAUCGGAGCAAGGAGAAAUUCUGACUCAACCUUUUUUGGAUGCCUGCAAGCAUAUACUUCCUGUUAUCGAUAAGUUUGGAGCUUCUAUGGCCCUUGUUAAAUCUGACAUUGGUGGUAAUAUAUCGAGAUUGGAAACUAAGUAUGCCUCGAAUCCAACCCGAUUCAAUUACUUGUACACUUUGGUACAAGUUGAGAUUGAAACUAAUACAACUAAGUCAUCAUCCAGUUGUACCAAUGGACUUCUGUGGCUCACAAGAGCAAUGGAUUUCUUGGUGGCAUUGUUCCAAAACUUAGUUGAGCAUGCAGAUUGGUCAAUGGCACAAGCCUGCACAGAUUCAUAUAACAAAACUCUAAAGAAGUGGCAUGGCUGGCUUGCUAGUUCAAGCUUCUCUGUAGCAAUGAAACUUGCUCCUGAUAGAAAGAAAUUCAUGGAUGUGAUACAAGGCACUGGUGGUGAUAUCAGUGCUGAUAUACAGAAAUUUUGUGCCGACUUUUCUCCUCUCCUUGAAGAGAAUCACAAGUUCCUGGGUCGUUGUGGUUUGGAUGAUAUGAAAGCAUCAUAAAGUGAUGGAUUCAUGAUAAAAAAUCUCUUGAUGAAUGGCUCUUGCAUUCUCACUCCCAUGUUCACUCUAAUAUUUAUGCCAUACAACAUGACUUUAAUUUUGGACUCAGUUUCAUUUUUUUGUUGCUGGGAUUGAAUAUUUGAAUAAGCACAAUAUGGCUUGAUUAGAAAUAACUUGUUGAACUAUAGUUUCGCAUCUGAAGCAAAUUCGGUUUGUUUUGUCAUUUUUCA